AUGACAAUUUUAUCUGCUAUUACCUCAAUUUCAAGACCAAAUAAAAUUAGUAAAUCAGUUGUUUCAUCUAAUGGUGGUGCUUCAUUAUCAAUGGGUUCCAACUCAGUUGCAUGUGGUGGUUGUGGUGGUGGCUCAAGUGUUUUAAUUGCUGCUGGUGGUUCAGGUGGUUUGUUUGUUGGUGCUGCAGUUGCUGUUGAUCUUAGUAUUCAUGCUUCUGUCGGAAUUGCAAUUGGUAGUACUUCAUGCCAUUGUAAUUAA